AACUGAAGCUGAGUAAUAGUAACUCUAGAGACCCGUGGAUUCGAUAUUUAUUACUUGUGCCACUAUAUUGCAGUCCCUUUCAUUGGUUACACUUGGCCAUUGUUAGGUGUUGUGUUUUAGCGUUUCAAGUUUUUGGCGCCGUUGCCGGGGACUUUCUAGAUUAUUAGGAAAGGCAGAAGUUUGUUACUUUAGCGUUUUUCUUUUCUUUUCCACCCUUGCUUUUCACUUGGGUGUUUUUGUUUUUGUGGGUGCAGAUCUGAAUCAUGGAUCCUCAUGGCUUCUCCAACAAUUGGGGGUAUCCACCACCACCCGAGUGGUAUUACCCCGAGACUCCCUGGAGCAAUCAAGGAGGAGAAGACUAUGGAUUCGGGCUCCAGUACCAACCCCCUUACUACGGAGAACAACCGGACCCCUGGGCAUAUCAAGAACAACCUCAUUACCAAGAAGAAUUUCUCCCACAACCAGAAGGGCCAUCGGCGCUGGAGUUACCCAUGGCGGCCUUCACGGGCCAUUCUGCAGAGCCAUGCUACACUCCACAGCCAGAUCCAAACUAUGAAUUGAGGCUUCUCAUGGAACAGUUUGCUCGAGACAGUGAGAGAACAUGCUCCAGGAUGGAUCAUUGUGUCCAGGCCUAUCGUGAAACAGAGGAGAUCCUCCUGAGCCUUAAGAAGAGCGUCGAUGAUCUUGAGCGAUCUUGUGCACAACCUACUCCCGAUCACCCUUAUGCUACCAUACUAGAAGAGGAGGAGGAAGAAGAAGGCUACAAGGACAUUGUGGAGCACACUAAAGUUGUCACGGAGAGCUCUCGUGAUGAUCAUGAUCAGGAAUGUCCUGUCAUAGCCGACCACACCUUCCCACAUCCCAAACUGAGCUUUGAAGAGGCGGGCAUGAGUGAGGAGAUGCAAGAAGAUCUCAUGAAAGAAAUUGCUUGGCAGCUUGCUCUCCAAUCCGUGCUAGAAGAAGAAGAGCAAGAAAGGGUGCAGAAAGAAGUUGUGGAGGAUGACGAAAGUGAAGCAGAAGGAGUUCUUGAUCAUUUCCCAGGGGUGAUACCACAUGAAGAAGAAAGGGAGGUUGAAGAAGCAAUUGGUGUCCAGGCUGAGGAUGAAGUGGAGGUGGAAGAGGCUUGCACCGGCCCUAUAAUACAAGUAAUAUACCCACCAAACUUCGAGGAACUACUUAGCAAAGACCCAUUUGCAGUGUCUCUUUGCCAGACCAAGGCCACAUCGACAUCGGUCCCUCUUGGUGGACGCGAUGGUGGUCAAUCGAUGUUGUCAUAUAUGGUUUGGGGCAAUGAGACGAGAGAAGAGAAGAAGAGGUCUCGAGGAUGGAGACUUCAUCUGCAUCAAGUGCACGAGCUUCCAUCACUAGUCAUACCACAUGCUCAUGACUUGCGACUCCACCUCAUUGACGAGAACCUCAACUUCAAGGAGGUUCUAGCAUGGACCGAAACUUAGGAGCCAUCGUCUGGCUCACAACGUGAAAGAAGCGCUUGUUGGGAGGCAACCCAACCAGUCGGUUUGCAUUUCUUUCUCUAUUUCUCCUCGGUUGAGUCAGUUUUGUUAUUUGAUUUUAGAGUCAAUAACUCAACCUUUGUGAGAUUUUGUGUGGUGUUUGCGUUCUGAUUACUCGCUCUUCCUGGAAUGCACCGCCUGACCCGUCCAUCAUCAUUCACCCUUGAUCUGGUAACUUCGUUCUACCCUCCUUAUCUUUCCUCCAUUGAGGACAAUGUCGUGCUUAAGUGUGGGGGGGUGUUCGAUUAUGUACGCGGGUGAAUGUUUGGCUGUUUGUCUGCUUCGAGCCUAGUCCACUGUCCAAAUUUUUAAAUUUGAGGGCUCCAAGUACGUGUUUCCUUGCAAAUUGCCUGCUCAGUAUGCUUUGAAUCGACUUCUCUAUAGUAAUGUGCAACCUAGGGAGUUAGUGUAGCACUAUGGAGGAUGUUGAAGUAUAAGAUUUUUCCUAUCUAGCUCUCUGUUGUGCCAGUUGAUUUUGUGAAGUAGUGGAGCUAAGACCGUUGAAUUCAUGUGGUAAUGGUGACUCUGUUUGGAUUGUGUUAUGGACUCGUGUAUCGAACAGGGUGCUCAUAUGGAAAAUGGGAAGCAGUUGGUCCUCCAUGUCGAAAUCAUUGAAAUCUUAAACAUGGGGUAAGCCCAACGUGUGUGGCACCGUUCAUUGCACAAAAUCGGGUUUUGGAAGAGAUUUUAGUGAUCCUUAGUGGGGUACUCCUACAAGGUGAAGCUAAGUUGUCUCUAGUACAAGUAAAAUUUUCACCCGUUGAACGGUUUGCCUACUUGAGGAUGUGUUUUUAAGGGCACGGAUAGAGCUUCCGACCCCCCUUGAUUUCAUUGACCCUCCACACGAGUUGAGAAAAAGGAGUUAAAAGAAGUACUGUGGCGAGCGCUAGAUGUACAAAAAUUGCUCUUGCUCGACUAAUAAGGGUCGACCGUGCAAAAGACUGCAGUUGGAACCCCCGCCAAGUGAAUGAAGAAAAAAAGAGAAAAAGAAAUGUAAAUGAAAGUGCAAAAAGGGG